ACCACAACCACAACCACAACCACAACCACAACCACAACAACCACAGCAACCACACACACCUGCCGCCCGCUCACCAUCAGCAGAGGAGAGGCAACACACCAGUCCCGUCUGUCACCUUCCAUCCAGGUCGAGGCUGCCUGCACCCUGGGCCCUGCUGCGUGUCGCUUGCACGCGCCGGGCCUGGGGUGAGACACAACCAACGCUGAACAUCUACUACUUACUGCCUGUCGGUGUACUGCUGUGUGCUUGUCUUUUUUUUCUCACCUUCCAGUUUGUCUUGGGGACCGUCGUCUCAGUUGUCUCUCUGACAAAGCACCUGUUGCCUAACAAUUGGAUUCACGAGCCGUCCUCCUUUGUAUGUGAGCUCAGAAUAAAUAGUGAUGCCCUUUUCAAGAAAACCUUCCGGCCGCAGUGUGUAAGGACCCUGUGCCCCGUUGUAUGUUGUAUAAAUGUCCCAGGCGCGCUGCCCCAUCUGCUUUGUCCCGCGCCGAUUUCUCCAUCCAUCUGUCACAGAACAUCUGCUCCAAUAUCCUCUCGGCCAACGCAAACCUUUGGCUCACAGCAAAGCCUGCCGCGCGCAGUCUUGAGCACAAACACCAACAACGACUCUAUAGUCCACCCCCAAGGACAUGGCCUCACGGCCGCAGGCCCGAAAUGCAAGGUCACAGCCUCCUGCUCGGCAAGGCAUGUAUAUGCCCGGGACGAGGUCUUCCCCUUUCGCAAGCGCCAGGGUCCCAGGUCGAGUUGUGCCCAUCCCUCAACAUAUUCGUCCUUUUCUAGACUUGACACACGUGCCCACCGAGGACGGCUUCGUACCGAAUCCUAGUCCCGGAGCCAGAGACGAUGCGAAUGCCGCCGACGAUUAUUACUACAAGAUCCGUCGCCUCCCACCGGUUAGGCACCCCGCCACCAACCGUGUCCUCUCGGCUUACAGUGGUGUAGAGCUCAAGGCCGACUUGAGGUUCUCUGGGCAUCAAUUUGACGAGUACAUCUUCCACGCGGCCAGGCAGGGAAGAGCCUUCAUGUUCAGAGUCGAGAAGCAACACACCUUGCUGGGCUAUCGAUAUCCACGUGGGCAUGAGAGCACCCGGUGCAGGUUCGCGAGAUGCCCCAUCGGCGGAACCAUAAGAUCUGGGCAGAUCCGGGUCUGUAUUUCAGAGUUCGCCGACCCCCGUAACGAAAUACUAGACCCGUACCACAAUGCGGGAUACGCCCACCUUUACUGCUUGGAGAAGUACUGCAACCUUCCCAGCCUCCUGGCCGAGACCACCAUCACUUUCCUCCCGGCCGUUGAGCUUGCCAAAGAGUUGUCGUACCCUCCGGCCCUGAGCAUCGCUGAGCGCGAUGCUUGUGCAGCGUGGGCGCGCCAUGCACGUCAGUCCUGGAGGGACUUCAAGAGCGCUUAUCCCCUUGCAGAAGCUCGACCAAUAUACAAACCCUCAGUACAUGAGAGACUUUAUCACCGUCUCGACCAGAUUCAUGAGGCUAACGACACGAGGAACAAGCGCGGCCACGAUGGGCCUCAGGUCUACACCUAUCAUCAGCCACGCCUAGGAAUUGCUCCUGCAAGACUUCAGGCAUCACCAUCCGGCAUGUCCACCCCCAGCUCCCUCCAGAGUUAUGGUCCCCAGGUUUUCCAAGCCGUCCCAGGAUUUCCACAUCAGCCCCAACCACCAACGUCCCAUGCACAGGCAUACAACAGCAGUCUCAACAUUGUCACGCCGUGCUGGGCUGGCAGCAACCCGACCCGGCUGCAUGCAAAUGGCGGGGCGGCGGCCCUUGGGCCAAGCUCAGAUUAUUCUUCAGAAGAGCUCGGAGCCCUCAUGGCCCAGGACUUUGUUGAUUUCCUGAAUUCCGCUCUCGAAGAAUCCCCCCCGCAGUGGCCUGCCGCACCUCCCGCAGCUGCUUCUCAAGACAGCGCCGGGCCCGAGCCAGGCACUCAGCCAAGGCAGACCCAUGAGCCAGGGCAGGUUCAUCAGACCCGGCAAGGCAACCACUUGGUUGCUGCUACCAGAUAUCCCACGCUGGCAGCGGGUCGCCGAAAGUCACGACGAUCCUCAGCACCGGCGGUUCUAGGCGCCCAAAAAGCAAGGGCCAGGAAAAGUUUCAUGGCAAGUAGGAGGCGCCCAAAGACAAGGGGUAUCAGCCGAGUCUGGCCUAAUUGAGGUGUUCAAGGGACCCAGAGCAAGGUGGGAAAGCCGUAUCUGAAACAAGAUCGAACCGAGUCGCUUUUACAACGCCCUUACCUGCUCUGCUGCGUUGUAGGAAGCAAGGCACCUAUGAGGAUUCCUCUUUGCUGUCGCUAUCAUUCUCUGACUUGUCGCUCUUUGGGUGCCUCACAGACUGCAGUCUUUCUUUUUCAUUUCCGUUUUAGAUAGCGUGCACACACAUACAGCGAAUCAUAUUUCAUCUCUCG